AUGGAUCUCGUCGUCGGCGCUUCCAACGAUGCCGUGAAAUCCCUCGUCAGCAAACUUGGGAGCCUCCUAGCCCAGGAGUACACCCUGAUCGGAGGCGUCAGCGACGACAUCCAGUACAUCAACGACGAGCUGGCCAGCAUGCAGGCCUUCCUCAACAGGCUUAAACAGGAGGCCAAGCAUGAUGAGCAGCGGCUGGACUGGAUGAAGCAGGUCCGGGAGGUGGCCUACGACAUCGAGGACUGCGUGGACAAGGUGCGCCACCGCCUGGGCCGCGAGCCCCGCGGGAGCGGCAGACUGGCCUCCAUCAAGCAGACGUGGUACCUGCUCACCACGCUGUACGCGCGCCACUGCAUCGCCACCGAGAUCGGCAACCUCAAGGCCCGGGCGCAGCACGUCAGCGAGCGGCGCACCAGGUACGGCGUGGAGAAUCCAGCAAGACUGGUGGACAGCGGCUCAGACGGAGCUACAGAUGCCCCAAUUGACCGCCCAGCACCUCCUCCUGGGCUCAUCGGCACCGUGGAUCCUGUGGGCAUCGAGGACGCCAAGGAUGAACUCAAAGAAUGGUUUAUGGAGGCAAACCAGCAGAGCACCAAUCCGAAUCAGGACGCCAAGGAUGAACUCAAAGAACCAAGGUUCCUUGCCAUUGUUGGGUUUGGUGGCCUUGGCAAGACUACUCUUGCCAUGGCCUUGUACCGCACCUUUGGAGACGAGUUUGAUUGCAGAGCAUUGGUUUUGGCGUCACAGAAGUACCAUAUAUUGGUAGAUGACAUAUGGUCCGUAUCAGCAUGGGAAAGCAUUAGGGAUACUUUACCAAAAAGCAAGAGGGGCAACAGCAUAGUGGUGACAACUAGGUUCAAAUCUGUAGCUGAAGCGUGCCGCCGUCAACAAGGCCUUGUGUAUGAGCUCAAGCCUCUUAGUGACAAUAACUCCUACAAACUGUUCCGUCAGAUCAUCUCGAGUGCUCCUAAAGUUCCCAGUGAAGAUGCUAUAGCUCUUCUGAAGAAAUGUGGAGGUUUGCCUUUGGCCAUAAUUUUAGUAGCUGGGCUCGUGGCUAGUAAAUUGAGGUCAGGGUUAGACACCACCCGAAUAGAAGACCACAAUUUGGCUCACGUGGACAAGGAUGCAGGUGAAGAGUUGGAGAAGCAUAAGGCCCAAGUGGGCAAUGAUAUGAGUAAACGGUUGGAGAAAAUUCUGGAACAAGUGGGAAAGGAUUUAGGCGAAGACUUGGAAAAAAAUCUCUCCACAGAUGGAGUGACACACAUAGUGAACCACUGCUAUAACCAAUUGCCUGCUGACCUUAAGACUUGCCUAUUGUACCUAAGCAUGUUACCCAAGGGUUGUUUGAUCAGUAGAAAAAGUCUAAUCAGAAGGUGGAUUGCUGAAGGCUUCAUCGCUGAAAAGCAUGGGAAGAUAGCUGAGGAAGUUGCUGAGGACUGCUUUAAUGAACUCAUCAGCAGGAACCUAAUCCGAGCGGUCUACAGCAGCAAUAAUGGCAAUGUGAAGAGCUGCCAAGUUCAUGAUAUGGUUCUUGAGUAUAUGGUGGUCAAGUCAAGUGAUGAGAAUUUCAUCACCGUGGUUGGUGGCCACUGGCAUACACCCUUUCCAUCGUAUAAGGUGCGUCGACUGUCUGUCCAAAAGAGUGAUCGGCAAGAGAAAGAAACAGUGGAGAGGAUGAAGCUAUCUCAUGUCCGAUCUCUGACAGCAGUGGGGAGUUUUAGAACUCUUCAUUCAACUCUGUCCAAGUUUCAGAUAUUGCAGGUGCUGGAUCUUGAAAGUUGCAAGGAUUUAUCCUCGACGAAUCAGCUUGAGAAAAUAUGUGAUAUGCAUCAGCUGAAGUACCUAAGCCUGCGAAGGACAGACAUCAACAAGAUCCCAAAGGAGAUAGGUAGUCUGGAAUAUCUUCAGGUACUUGACAUAAGGGAUACAAAUAUCUUGCAGUUGCCUCCAUCAGUUGGGAAGCUACAAAAUAUGACACAUCUACUUGCUGGCAGCAAGAGCAAGCGGGUUGGGUUAACAUUAACUGAAGAGAUCACUAAGAUGAUGGCUCUACAGACACUAUCUGGGGUUGAAAUCUGUGGAAGCUCUCCUAAUGCUGCCAGGAGAGGAUCUACUAAUGGGGAAGAAGAAAAACUGGACGCACCGACUAUGAGUGUCAGCACCAAGCAUGCAGAUGGUUAUUGUGGCCACUGGCAAGGCAAGAAAAGUUUCAGAUGCAAGGCUGCUAGUACAGGCUUGGCCAAGGGAUUGCGUGCCUUGGAGAACCUCACGAACCUGAAGAAGCUCACUGUUUACAAACUUCGUGCCUUCACUGGCAAGGAUAACAUUCUACUUUUGUCAGCCAUUGAGCACCUUAGCAGCUGCUCCCUCAAGUUUCUGGCUAUUGACGAUGAUUUCACGGGCUUCCACGACAGCUCGCUCAAUGCUUCACAUGCCCCUCCGGAGCACCUGCACAGCCUUGGGCUCUCUGGCAAGUUGUCCCAACUGCCUGGCUGGAUCGGCCGUCUGCACAACCUUGAGAAGCUAACGCUGUCCAUAACUUCACUCACGGCAAGUGCCUUGCGGGUUCUCAGUAAGCUGCCUGAGCUGUUCUCUCUCAUUUUUAUCCUGAACUCUACAAAGAAGAAAACAAGUGCUCUCCAGAUUAUGCGUCAGAAUGCAGUGGAGUCUGAAGGAGAAAUCUUUGUGCUAGCAGGAGGAUUUGAAAAGCUUAAGCUGCUGCGCUUCGUGACACCAGUGCUGCCGCCUCUGAACUUUCUGGAAGGAGCAAUGCCAAAGCUAGAGAGUCUUGAGCUGAAGUUUAGAAUGGCAGGAAGCCAUUUACGGCAUGGAAAACCUUGUGAGUCUCCGACAGGUGCUCCUGACUGUCAGCAGUCAGGCGCCAGAAGUUGCCAAGGUGAAGGUUUCUCAAAUCAAGACAUUGGCAAGCAAGCAUCCAAAGCAUCCCAGCGUGGUCGUUGA